AUGCAGGCCUUACGACAAAGAGCGGCUGGUCUCGCUCGCCGCGCGAGGCCGACUUUCCCCCGCCAGACCCGAACCUACGCCUCCGACCAUGGCCACGACGCAGCACCGCAGGUCGCAGAGAAGCUCAGCACAUCCUUCUACGUCUUCGUGGGCCUGGUCCCGGCCUCCAUGUUUGGCUACAGCAUUUCGCGGCCGGGCAAGGACGGAUCGCCCUCGAGCCUCAGCAACUGGCUGAACGACUUCGAGUAUUUCCGCCAGCAGGAUGUCGAGCGCAACUCUCUGCGCACCAAUGCCAUCGAGGAGGCCGCCCACGACAGGCACUUGCUCCUGCACGCCGAGAGGAACCCACACAUCGAGCUCAAGAUGCCCGAGUUGAUUAACUCCGGCUCCCCCUACAACGUACCGGCCGGCCACCGUGGUCGCAACUUGGACGAGGUCGCGGAGCACUACAAAAAGUUGUACCUAGAGGAUGAGGAGCGGAAAGCCCAGAAGAUCGCAGCGGCAAAGCAGCCCCAGACAGCAUGA